AUGACUCACUCCUCCCGGGAUGUUGGACCUCACGGCAUCCAUGAAGAAGGAAAACUCUAUGUUGUGGAUUCCAUAAAUGACUUGAACAAACUCAAUCUCUGUCCGACAGAAUCACAACGUCUAUUCCCGUUAGAGGAGAAAAUCUCAAACACUGCUACGCACCCAGGAAGUGGAAGACGCGGUCUGUUCUUUGUGGGACUGCUCCUGAUGUUGACGGUCAGCCUAGCUCUGGUGUUCUUUGCCAUCUUCCUAAUAAUUCAGACAGGAAACCAGAUGGACGACGUGUCAAGAAGACUGAUGGCUGAGGGAAGGGACAUAGACGACCUUAAGAAAAUCAACAGCAUGAUCGUAAAGCGGCUCAACCAACUGGACUCGGAACGGAAUUGA